UGCCAGUUCCCAUAUCCACCCCCAACUGGCCUAUAAAUACCACGCACAAAUCAAUACUACAAUGUACAUACAGGAGCCACAGCAACCAUCAAAGUUCAAGAACGUGGACACACCAGCGAAAAUGAGCAGUGGCAGCGGUAAGAGCUCGUGGCCGGAGGUGGUUGGGCUGCCGGCCGAGGCGGCGAAGCAGAAGAUCCUGGCCGACCGGCCGGACGUGCAGGUGGUUGUGCUGCCCGUGGGCUCCUUCGUGACCACUGAGUUCAACCCCAAGCGCGUCCGCGUCUUCAUCAACCCGGCCGGCGACGUUGCGCAGGUCCCCAAGAUCGGCUAGGACCGGCGCAUGGAGCACAUUCGUGAUGAUCCAUAGCAGACAAUAUACACAUAAUAUAUUAUUUUCAUGAUCUCAGGGUGAUGUCUCAUUUGUGCAAUCAUGUAAACCAGCAAAUAAUGUUGUUACUUCAUGUCCAAUAAACAAAUAAACUCUUGUGCCA